UUGUCCUCAUCGGAGCUUAUACUAAUUCGGCAAACAAAAGGAAAACAGAGGAGAGCAGCAACUAAACUCGAAACCUAUCGUUGCAGCGUUGCUAAUAUUGGUAUGCUGCCAAAUUCCCUAACUGAAACCUGCGAACGGCUAAACUCCGGCGUAGGCUCGACGAGUUUUUGUCACAUCGACAUUGCUAUUCUAGGGUUGUGUCAAGAUUGAACUGGAUUCUUACCAAAGGUUAGAUUUUUAUUGGAGGAUGAAACAGUAGGUAAAAAACUAUGACGGAAAAGUAUAAUGUUGAAGCUGCAGAAAUUCUUGCUAACGAGGCACUGCGCUUGCCAAUUUCAGAAGCAGUGCCGAUAUAUGAGCAACUUCUGUCCACGUUUCCCACUGCGGCAAAAUACUGGAAGCAAUAUGUCGAGGCACACAUGACGGUAAAUAAUGAUGAUGCAACAAAGCAAAUAUUUAGUCGCUGCCUCUUGAACUGUCUACAGAUUCCUCUUUGGCGCUGUUACAUCCGCUUUAUCCGGAAAGUCAAUGACAAGAGGGGGAAUGAGGGUCAAGAAGAGACAAGAAAGGCUUUUGAUUUCAUGCUUAACUAUGUUGGAGCAGACAUUGCAUCUGGUCCAGUGUGGAUGGAAUACAUUGCAUUUUUAAGGUCUUCGCCUGCUCAAACCACGCAAGAAGAAUCACAACGAAUGACCUCUGUGAGGAAAGCAUACCAAAGAGCUAUUGUUACCCCAACCCAUCACGUGGAACAGCUUUGGAGGGACUAUGAGAAUUUUGAAAAUUCAAUUAGUCGAGCCUUGGCAAAAGGGCUGGUGUCUGAAUACCAACCAAAAUAUAACAGUGCGAGGGCUGUAUACAGAGAAAGGAAGAAGUACAUUGAUGAAAUUGAUUGGAAUAUGCUAGCGAUUCCACCUUCCGGCACUUCCAAGGAGGAAAUGCAAUGGAUGGCAUGGAAAAGACUUCUAGCAUUUGAGAAAGCAAACCCUCAGAGGAUAGACAGUGCUUCUGCUAAUAAAAGAAUUGUGUUCACAUAUGAGCAGUGCCUCAUGCAUUUGUAUCAUUAUCCUGACAUAUGGUAUGAAUAUGCCACAUGGCAUGCAAAAGCUGGUUCAAUAGACUCUGCUAUCAAGGUUUUCCAGCGAGCUCUUAAAGCUCUUCCUGAUAUGGUUAUGCUGAACUUGAGGAAUCACGUGGAGCCAUUCAGGCUGCUAAAAAAGUAUAUGAAAAUCUUCUGGGGGAUGGAUCCAAUGCCUCAGCACUGUCACAUAUCCAAGCACCAUACUAUUCUGCAUCUGGAUAAUUCGCUGGUCUCUGGCACUCUGCUAUCGUUAUCAUCUAUGAUCUUUAUAAGGUUUUUAAGAAGAAGUGAAGGAGUUGAAGCAGCUCGCAAAUACUUUCUUGAUGCACGGAAAUCUCCAAAUUGCACUUACCAUGUCUAUGUAGCUCACGCGAUGAUGGCUUUUUGUCUUGACAAGGAUGCAAAGAUGGCGCACAAUGUUUUUGAAGCAGGGUUGAAACGCUUUAUGCAUGAGCCUGGAUACAUCCUUGAGUAUGCAGAUUUCCUUUAUCGUUUGAAUGACGAUAGAAACAUCAGAGCAUUAUUUGAACGUGCAUUGAGCUCACUCCCCCCAGAGGAAUCUGUUGAGGUUUGGAAAAAAUUCACUCAAUUUGAGCAAACGUAUGGAGAUCUUGCCAGCAUGUUGAAGGUUGAGCAGAGAAGGAAAGAAGCUCUUUUCAGAACAGGUGAUGAUGGAACAUCAGAGUUAGAGAGUUCGUUACAAGAUGUUGUAUCACGCUACAGUUUCAUGGAUCUGUGGCCUUGCUCUUCAAAUGACUUGGAUCAUUUAGCACGCCAAGAGUGGCUCGCGAGGAACAUCAACAAAAAAACUGACAAACCUACUCUUGGUAUUGAGGCAGGUUCUGCAGAUAAGAUUUCUUCUGGUGUUUCGUCCAACACAAAUCCCCUUGCCAAGGUUGUGUAUCCAGAUACUUCAAAAAUGACAAUUUAUGACCCAAGGCAAAUGUCAGGUCCUGCUGCUCUUGCAGUUCCAUCCGCUUCAGGCACCUUGCCUUAUUCUGGUACUCCAUUUAGCAGUGGUGGACCACCUAAUGCUCUUAAUGAUAUUCUGAAAUCGUUGCCCCCUGCAUUUGCAGCGUUCAUGACAAAUUUGCCAGCUGUUGAAGGUCCUACUCCUGAUGCUGAUUUUGUGAUAUCCGUAUGUUUGCAAAGCAACAUUCCUUUAGCAACCGGAAAAUCAGGAACCGCCUCUCUGCCGUUGCAGUCAGGCCCUGCUCCAUGUACGAGUGACAUCUCUGAUUCAAGCAAAUUCAGGUCGAGAGACAGACAGCCUGGAAAGAGGAAAGACAUGGACAGGCAAGAGGAUGAUGAAUCGUCGACUGUACAAAGCCAGCCCCUUCCUAGAGAUGUUUUCAAGAUUCGCCAAUUACAGAAAACCCGUGUUGCUAGUUCGUCUCGAGUUACUAGUUCAUACACUGGAUCGGCGUCGUAUGGCAGUGCUCUUUCUGGAGACCUCUCGGGCAGCACUGGUUGAUAAAUUACAAAACCCUGCCGUUUGUUUCUGGUCAUUCUAUAGUGCACUUUAUUUGCAAAGAUGGAGUAAUAUAUAUCAUUACAUGUCAGUAUAAAGAACUGUUCCCUGUUCAAGAAAGCUAUACAUGCAGCAAAGAACGCUCUUCGUCUCUGCGUUUCCUUUCGCAACAAGAGAACUGCAUCCACAUCAGUCAGUGGUGGAAGGUUUCCGAGAAGGUGUCGGCCUCUAGCCCAACAAUGGAGCUAGGUGUAUACAACAUGUCGAUAUUUCUUUCAAAAGUGAGAUACCGGCUUUCAUAAAAGCGAUAUAUUAUGUAAAGUAACUGACUGAGAGACAUAACAGGACAUUGUUCUGGUGGUUACUUUAUCUACAGUCUAGCUAGAAAUGAUAAUCUUAUUUCAUAGUGUGAUGGAAAUAUUUAUUUUUGUUUAUGUUGUUGCUUUCUGGAAUUAUGAAUUUGUUCACUUGUAUUUAAAGACCUUUUAUUGAAGUUGGACUUUGUGCGUGAA